CACUGUUCAUAUUUGUUCGUCUUGUACAGCCGGGAGCGGACAAGACAGGGCGGGAGCGCCACCACGUACGAGGACAGAGGAAGACGACCGUCGAGGCGACGCAGGACAUAAUCAAGAUGAGUAAUCCAUGUGAAUGCUGCCAGAUCAAGCUUAAGUUUCUAAGGAAGAUCAAUGGCAACUUCAUGCACAGCCUGGUCAUACCGGAGUGGUUUGUGAACCAAUUUGGAGGAAAGAUCUGGAGAACUGUCAAAUUAGAGUCCCCUAAUGGUAACGUCUAUGACGUUGGAGUUACCGAGAAUAUGAACCGAACAAUUUUGAAGUCUGGAUGGGCAUCAUUUGUUGAUGCCAAUAAAAUAGAAGAAAAUUAUUCAUUGAUGUUUCGUUACCUUGAAAACGCCCGCUUCAAGGUUACAAUAUUCGAUUCCAGUGGUAAGCAGAAAGCAUCGUGCUGUGCUAGGAUGGGAACUGCUGGUCCUGAUGUUAGGAACCCAAGCACAUUUGAUGUUGAGAAUUCUAGUAGUUCUUGUGGUGGUACUACUCAGUCUUCACCAAGCGAAAGAUCAGAUUCAGAUGGAAGCCAAAAGGAAAGCCUGUACGGUUAUAAAAAAUCAGCAAAGAAGGCUGCAAUAUCAGAUUCUUCUGAGGAAUUAUCAGCUGAAGACAGUGUAUCUAGAGGCAAUUUGGUGGAUUCAUAUGGUGUACAGGUGCAUUUGAAUGACUAUGUCCUUUCAGGGAAAUGUGAUCUUACAGUAGCACAGGAGGCAAAAAUACAAGCACUUGUAGAGAAAAUUCGAUCUGAAAUCCCGGUGCUUGUUGUACAGAUGAAGAAGACCAGCGCAAACUUUGGUAAUCUGAUAAUACGUAAGGACUACGCACUCAAGUACUUCCCAUGUGAAGCUACAAAUAUCAUACUUCAGCUGCCUAGGAAGAACAAGGAAUGGAAGUGCAGAUUUAAUCCAGAUCGGCACAACCUUUAUUUGGGCUACUUUGUCCGUGAAAACUGUGUUCAAGAGGGAGAUAUCUGCCUCUUUCAACCAAUAGCAAAGGCUAAGGAAAGAAGAUUUACAGUAACUGUCCAUCUUCUUCACAAAGAGAGCGUUCGUCGUUCCCCUGGUGGAACAGCAGGGAUGACACACACGGCUACCGACAGAAGAACAGGCGCAAAGACAUCCUUAACAGCCCGUGUUAAGGAGGAACCAGCCACUGAUGGCGAAGAUAUGUCAUCAUUGGGACCUAAAGAGGAUGGAGACAAUUCUGAGGGAGCUCCUGAAACCCCCUUCGUACUGCCAGACAGAGCCUCUAUAACGCCAGCACAGGAGCAGAAAGUGUGGGAGAAAGUAGAAGCCAUUGAGUCGACAGUACCAGUUUACGUCGCGAUCCUGAACAAGUGCAAUGUUGCUCGCAAAUCCGGCAUGAUGAUAAACAUGGGAAAGCAGUACGCGUCAAGGUAUCUCGAAAAACAGUACAUUACUGGGCAUCAUGGAAAGAAGAAUGUUAUCAGUCUGGUGCUUCAACGGGAGGGGAAGAGUAGGACGUGGGACACGGAGCUGCGACGCGGGACUGUGUUGGGGCAAACCCGGUCCGGCGACAAACGCCGCAUGCCCUCCGGCGACACGAACGCCGGACGAACCUCUCUCUCUCUUUCACCCGCUCGAACAGAGGUAGAAGAAGGAGCACAGCACACUGGAUUUUUCAGGCGACGAACACCACACCGUACGAACGCCGCCUCAGCCGCGCGCACGGCUUAAUCUUUUUUCAUUGCAAGUGGACUCGGCACAUACCGACUCUCAAACACAGGUUACAUGGUGACCUUUUAUACCCGAAACGCUAAGCAACUAACUCCAACAAAUC